ACUUGGACACACCCUCACGCUGCGGUGUUUGGGAGCUAUGGCUGUUUUAGCGGGCUGUGUUUGGUGUUAAGUGUCUUCGUUUAAAUAACGCAGAUAGAAGAGGCAGCAUGGCGGAUUCCAAUGAGCUGAAGUUGGAUUUUACUCUGAAAGAGCUGACUGUUUCCUGUCCGGCUGAAGAUGAUGUUCCCGGCAGCUCGUCCACCGUGAAGCUGCGGGACAACAGGCUGGUGUGUGUGGAGUAUCCGGCGGUGAUUAACAGUGUUCCCAAGAUGCUGGAGACUCUCGGGGGUGAACAAGGAGUAUCCAAAACCUUCGCUCACCCCAACCGGCGGCUUGAGCUGCGUUUCCGACCUCAGGACCCUUUCUGUCACUCUCUGUGUGGAAACCGCUUCCCGUCCAGCAACCUCCUCCUUAGAGUGCGGCGGCGGGUGCGAAAGAAAGACCCCAAGGAUGCUGAGAUCCACAUGGAUGUGAUCGGAGUCAUAGGGACAACAUACAAAUUCCAAGGGCUGGCAGACUUUCAGUGCCUCGCUGUGCAUUCAGAAGGUGGGAAAGACAUGUCUUUAUACGACAAAAUCAUCCUUCGCAAAACAGAGAAUCAAGAGUUCUUUGAGCAGCCCAUGCCCUUCUUUCUUCCCCCGGCCAUCUUCUCACGCCUCGACAGUCCCGUGGAUUAUUUCUACCGGCCGGACAUCCAUCAAAAAUCAGUAACAGCUCUCCAGAUGCCCCUCAACAAGAAGAACUUUAUCGGUUUGAAUCGUGCUCGUCGGCCCCACAACGCCAUCUUCGUCAGCUUCAGCGAUGCCACUGUGCCCAGCGAGUGCCUCGAGCCGGCCCGGCUCAACUGGGCACGAGUCUGCCUGAAGGAGUCCGACAAAGAGGCUGAAGAACAUUUGAAAAAGAUGUUUGAGAGCCGGCCCAUCUGGUCCCGGAACGCGGUCAAGGCCAACAUCAACAUCCACCCUGAUAAACUCAAGCUGCUGUUGCCCGUCUUCGCCUACUACAUGGUGACAGGACCAUGGAGGAGUCUGUGGGUGAGGCUGGGCUUUGACCCCCGAAAGAGCGCAGAGUCCAAGAAAUACCAGAUACUAGACUUCAGGAUCCGCUGCAGCACCAAGCACGGCUAUUCACUAUCUGACAUGCCAGUAAAAGCCAAGAGGAGCGCUCUUAACUAUAGUCUGCCUAUCACAUUCAACAAAGCAGGUCCCCAGCCUGCCAGUGUGAUGGAUCUUCCAGCUCAGGAGGGACCUAGUUCCAGUCGAGAUACAACCCCAAUUACGUACCAGCUGAAGGAGUCGUCCUACAUUUUCAGAGAGGGCAUGCUGCCUCCUCACAGGCAGAUGUUUUACCAGCUCUGUGAUUUGGAUGUAGAAAGUAUCAAAGAGGUGAUUGAGCAGAACUGCGGUAAUGAGCAGAUAUGUAACGAGCGGGACGGCUGGUGUGUUGUCGGCACCACGGACAAGCUGAGGGACAUGAUCUCAGCCAUGAUCAAGAAGGUCAUCCGAGAACAGAAACCAGCGAUGCCAGAACUCCCCAAGAGAACCAGACGCAAAGGUGCAAAUCUAAAAUCCUCAGUGAGAGAUGUGGAUGCAGAGGAACCGGAGGAGGAGGAUGGUGAGAACGAGGAAGAUGACGAUGAUGAAUUUCAGCCAUCUGAGGGAAGUGAAAAUGAGAUGGAGACAGAAAUUCUGGAUUACAUGUAACAAAGGACAACCAUUUUGAUGACGUGUGUCUUGAUUUUUCAUAAUUUACAGGGAUUUGUUUCUGUAAAAAAAAAUUUUAUGACCCAGUGAAAUAUAAAUAAAAACUUAAGUAGUUCUCGUG